UGUCAAAGUAGUUGCGUAUAAAUAACGUGGUAUCUGAAAUUGUUAAUAUUUCCUAGUUUUUCUAUUAAAAUUUUGUUUUAAUAAGUUUUAAUUAUGAGUGAUGAUGAGGAUCAAGUUAAUGUCAAGUCCCACAAGCAACUGCUGCAGGCUAUCAGCAGUUUGGGCAAAACCCAACACAUAAAAAAGUCAACACGUGAUGAACCCAAAUUGCAUCAAGACGAAUUUCAAUUGGUCAAAGGAGCCGUUGUAACGAAAAAAUCAUCUCAUCCGGUGGGAGUAAAUGAUAUUGUGAAUGUGUUAAAAGGCACCAAGAAACAUUUAAAUGCUGGUAAACAAUUGAAAAAUGUAGUGACCACCAAAAAGGUAUUGGAAAGACCUUUAGAGAAACCAGCAGCCGAGAGAAUAAAACGUACCAUUGGCUAUGAAAAUGUUAAAAAGAAGUUGGCCAAAUGGGAUGCUGUUGUGACCAAAAAUAGAUCUUCUGAAACCCAGGUCUUUCCUUUGAAAGGCGAAAGAAUUUAUGUUAAUACUUCCCUUUACCGCAAACCUUUGGAGCAAUCUGUUAAGAGUGACUUAAUGAUGCAAAUGGAGGAAUUGGAGAACAAAUAUGCCAAAUUGAAACGUGAACAAAUGGGCGAUACCGAUGAUCCCAAAGAAUUGGAAAAACGUGAGCAGGAACUGAUGAAAAAGAAAAUAACCAAGGAGGAGCUUAUGGCCAAACGUAAAGAGUUGGCCUAUUUGAAAAUACGCGAAUCCCAAAAAUCAGCCAAGGCACGUUUGCAAAACAAGAUCAAAUCGAAAAAGUACCAUAAAUUGAUGAAGCGCCAAAAAAUGCAAGAACAAAUUAAACAAUUUGAAUUGUUGCAAAAGACAAAUCCCGAGGCUGCAUUGGAAAAAUUGAAUGCUUUGGAAAAAUCCAGGGUAUUGGAAAGAGCAAAUUUGAGACAUAAGAAUACUGGUACAUGGGCCAAGAAUUUGCAAGUUAGAGCAAAAUACGAUAAAGAUGUGCGUAAAGAUUUAUCAGAACAGUUGCAAAUCAGUCGACAAUUGACACAAAAAGCCGCUGAAGAAUCGGACAAUGAAAAUGCUGAAAAUAAGGAAAUGGACAACACAAUGAAUUCUGCCACGGCAGCAGAUGAUGAAGAAAUGGAUUAUGAUCCUUUUAAUCCCUGGACCAAAGUGGGAAAGAAUUCUAAUAAGGCAGCAACAGCAGAACAAGAAGAUAAAGCCAAUUGGCGUAAAUAUUGGCUAGAACGUAAUGACAAUGAAAAAAUUAUGGAGGAAUAUAAAAAACUAUUGCAGGAUGAGGAACAGAGCGGUGACGAAAACGAAACAGCUGAUGAAAAUACAGAACAGACAACUGAAGUUAAAACCGAGGAAACCAACACAAAAGCUGCCAAAACUAAGAAAAAUAAGAAUAAAAUUUCAAAGAAAAAUACUAAAAUUGAAAAUGGUUGGGUGGUAGAGGAAAUUGAUCCAGCUACCAAUAAAUCCAUAGACGAUAUUUUUGAUGCUCAAGAAGAUAAAAUCAAAGAGACUCUAAGCAAAAAAUUGGAUAUUAUAAACAGUAAAGCUAAAGAGUUAAAGACAAAUAAGAAACAAACAAAACGUUUGGGCAAAUCUGUAGAUAAUUUAAAGAAUCUUAAUGAUUUGUCGUUUAAAAAUGAAGUCAAAAAGCCCAUUAUCGAUGAAGAACUUACCAAUGAAUUGGAUGAAAAGCAGGGAAAUGAGCUUGAUAUAAAUAAGACUUUAGAAAAAGUUAAAAAUUUAAAUGAACAGCUAGACAAAGAAGAAAAUGUGUCUACUAAGCUGAGUGAUACCAUAGAUCCCACUAAAUUGGCGGCUGUUAAAUUGAAACAACACAAGGGGGGUUACGAUACUAUUAAUGAAGCCUUGGAUGAUGUUGAUAUGGAUGAGGAAGAUGCUCUAGAUGCCAAUGCCGAACAACAAAUGACCAUUGCCCAGGCCUUUGAAGAUGAUGAUAUUGUGGCUGAUUUCGGUCAAGACAAGACUAAGGAGAGUGAAGUUAAAGAUGCCGAAAUACAAUUGGCCAUGCCUGGUUGGGGCUCUUGGGCUGGCGCUGGUAUUUCCAAAGAACAAAUGGAAAAGCGCAAUAAACGUUUGCUGUUGAAAUUGGCGCCUAAGGAAAAACGACGUGAUGAUAAUAAAGAUGGUGUGUACAUAAAUGAAGAGGCCAGCAAACAAUUAAGAAAUCACUUAGUCUCUGAUAUACCCUUCCCCUUCACCUCGCUUAAAGACUAUGAGGCCAGUAUACGGGCGCCAUUAGGACGCAAUUUCGUUACCGAAACAGCCUUCCGCUUGAUGACCAGACCCGAGGUCAUAACGCAAAAGGGUAAGAUCAUUGAGCCCAUGGAUGAAAGUGAAUUGCUGAAACCACAACGUAGACUUAGAAAUCCUGUAGAUAAGAGAAUUGCCAAAAUGUCGGCGCCCAUAACUAAAACGUAGUUUAUUUACUUACAUAUCUGUGUGUAUGUAAAAAUGUGUAAUAGUUGUAUUUUUUUUUUUAAUAAAAUUUUGAAUGAAAUAAUAAAAGUGUAAAAAUUUUAUUCUACCACAAAACAA